GGUAAGUCAAAUACAGAACAUUUCGAGUGCACCAGUGAGGAGGAUUGUGGCAGUUGUUGACGAUCCAUAAUUGUACUUUGUGAGUGUGUGGGGUUUUUUUUUUUAAUUUAUUUUUAUUACUUAACAAGACGUUCAACGAAAGCGUCUUUAGGAGAAACCCACGAGUUGUCUGUGAAAUUACGGCUCCGCCAUGAGCAGUGGUACAAUUUCAAGAAAACACACAGCCAAUCGGAAAGAAAACAAGGAGAAUGCUCAUCCUGAGGAUAGAAUCAAGUCUUUCAGUAGAAGAGACUUUUUGAAAUCCACAUCAACUCUCUCCAUCCAACUCAAAAGCAAUAAGAAACAAGAGAUGCUGGUCAGAAAUGGUGCCGGUAAAAUCGCCUCCAAAAUCCAAGAUGCGAAGUUUGUGUCUGGUGCAGUUCUGAAAAAUGCGACGCUCACGCAGAAAGAUGGUAAUGGAAGUGGUGGUAGUGAAGUUGAACGUAAGCCCGUUGUUUUUGCCAAACAGACGGUAAAAAACGGAAAACUGGUUACGGAUGCACCACGAGCACCGGCUGGGAUGACUUCCUCAAAGGUUGCCCCUGGCACGUAUAAAGGUAAAAUUGUGGAGUCAAAAAUUGGAUCCAUUUGGAAGUCAAGUGGGACAGCUCGCAACACUGUUUCAAAACCAGCAGUGCCUGCAGCGGAAAGCCAAAGGGUGGCAAAUUUAGGAAGGAGGAGGUCAAAACCUGCUCCUGCUGUCCCGGAGCGGGGAUUCCAAAAACCUAGACCGCCAUGGUCCAAGUCAGUGUUAGAUGGAGGUGUCCAAGCAUCCAAGCCUGUAGCCAGCAGCUGUCCUCCAGGACCUCGUUCUGCUCGCAAUCGGAGCACCACAGUUAUCCCGGUAACAAUAAGAACCGCCGGCUCCAGAAAUACAGCGGUGGCACCCACAAACUCAAAGAUUUUAAUAACUGAUAAGAAGGUCAAGAAACCUCCCGUAACAAGCACCCUCAGCCAGUACAGAAAUACUGAAACUGCUGAGGAAAGAAGGGCAAAAUUAGCGGUGUGGCUGACUUCCAAGGGCAAGAUUCUCAAGAGACCAGCCAUGACCAGCGCACACCCAGAAACAAAAAGACCUGAAUCUGUAAAACCCAGUCUGAAAUCCCAGUCACAUGUUAAAGCCCAGCAGGACGAGGCAAAGCCAGAACCAGAGUUGACUCUGGGCCAGCACAAACAGGAUCCUGUGGUUUCUGCUCUUGACCCAAAGGCCCAGGACGUUCCUGCAUCUCAGGAGACGCAGACUCCAGUGAUACUGAACACUACCAUGGAGCUUGUAGAAAACUCGGCUCUCGAUUUGCCUGUUCUUCAGGAUGGAUUUGAUGAUACUGUUGUGAACCUGUGUGAUGCCCUGGAGGCCAUGCAGAUCCCUUCAAUGCACAAGGAUGAAAUCUCAGAGAGCACGGGUGUAUGUGAUGAGGCCGGAGAAGAGAAAGGACCUACAGCGAGUGAAUGUGUGAAGAAUUUGUUCAAGAAUGAUGAUGAUACCAAGAAGCUACUGAGGGAUGAAAAUGACUGUGACCAAAAAGUUCAAUGUGGUGAUGACAAUGCGAACGUGCAGAGAGUGGAACAGAUGGAUGAUGCCUAUGUCAUAAAGUACAGUGUGAAGACGACACCAUAUUUGCAAAGUGUGAAGAAGAGAAUUCAAAGCGAGGCGCAAACAAGCGCAUCAAGACGAAAAAGCAACAUCAAAGACCUGAAGUUUCUGACACCAGUGCGCCGCUCACGCCGCAUCGAGCGCCACUCUUCAUGUCUCCCGUCGACCCUGCUUGAUCAUGACCCAUGCGUGUCGUCACUGGCCGAGCUGGUUAAGCUGCAUGAUGAUCUCAAUGCUUAUGUUUAUAGAAAAAAUUCCACUCUUGUGGAGGAUCUGCCAGACCAGGAUGAAAUGUAACUAAUACUAUGUUUUGUCUGUACUAUAUAUAUAUAUGUUUCGAUAAAUAAAGUACAGUGGUCUACUUUG